CAAGUGGCGAUAUGACGAGAUUUAUUGGCCUCACGAAGGUGUUCGCCAGUCGCCUUCUUCCAAAUCCCUGAGCCGUUUGGGAUUCUUCUGCUUCGAUCGCUUCCUCCGAGAUGUUCUGGGAUUGUUGUUGUUUUUUUCUAGCUCUUUUCUCGUCCAGAAAUUUAUUUCUAGGUAUGUGUUGAGAUUUCCUUGACACGAGCCUUCGGAAACAGGAUCGGCGUUGAACUAUUGGACGAGCUUACCUCUUGUUUCGAUGGAUGCGCUUCUUAGAACUCACAGCAGGCUUGAGUUGCUAGACCUCAGUCAUGGGGUCGGCGGAAGGCAUGGCCUCUCGUCUUUACACAAGCUUCAGAACAGCUUGAUAUGCAGCUUCAGUAGGAAAGGUCACAGGAGUUGGGGUUUUGCUAGAGCUAGCAGCAGUGCACUCCUUGAACUUGUUCCAGAAACCAAAAAAGAGAAUCUCGAAUUCGAUCUCCCUUUGUAUGACCCGUCUAAAGAUCUCACCUUGGACCUCGCUGUAGUUGGAGGAGGUCCUGCGGGGCUAGCUGUCGCCCAGCAGGUGUCCCAGGCAGGCCUUUCUGUCUGUUCUAUCGACCCAUCACCUAAGCUGAUAUGGCCGAAUAACUAUGGUGUUUGGGUGGACGAGUUUGAAGCUAUGGAUCUACUUGAUUGUCUUGAUGCCACUUGGUCUAGUGCUGUGGUCUAUGUUGAUGAAGUGGAGAAGAAGUCUCUCGGUCGGCCUUACGGUCGGGUGAACCGCAAGCAACUCAAGUCGAAGAUGAUGCAGAGAUGCAUAUCUAAUGGUGUGCAGUUUCAUCAAGCUAAGGUCAUUAAGGUCAUCCACGAAGAGAACAAAUCAUUGUUGAUUUGCAAUGAUGGAGUCACAAUUCAAGCAGCUGUGGUGCUUGAUGCUACUGGUUUCUCCAGAUGCCUAGUCCAGUAUGAUAAACCUUACAAUCCAGGUUACCAGGUGGCUUACGGAAUCCUUGCUGAAGUCGAAGAACACCCUUUUGAUGUGGAUAAGAUGGUUUUCAUGGAUUGGAGAGAUUCACACCUCAAAGAGGGCUCACAGUUGAAAGAUAAGAAUGACAAGAUUCCGACGUUUCUGUAUGCCAUGCCCUUCUCACCAAACAAAAUUUUCCUGGAAGAAACUUCACUAGUCGCCCGUCCUGGUCUGCAGAUGCAUGACAUACAGGAGAGGAUGGCCUCAAGAUUGAGGCACCUGGGCAUAAAAGUGAAAGUCAUUGAAGAGGACGAGAGGUGUGUGAUUCCAAUGGGCGGUCCACUCCCCGUGCUCCCACAAAGGGUCAUUGGAAUAGGGGGAACUGCAGGUAUGGUUCAUCCAUCCACUGGGUACAUGGUUGCUAGGACACUCGCUGCUGCUCCUAUAGUUGCGGAAUCAAUUGUUCAGUUCCUUGGUUCUGACCGCCGCCUCACUGGCGAUCAACUAUCAUCGCAAGUUUGGAAGAACCUCUGGCCUAUUGAAAGAAGAAGACAGAGGGAGUUUUUCUGCUUUGGCAUGGAUAUCCUGCUUAAACUCGACUUGGAAGGUACAAGGAGAUUUUUUGAUGCAUUUUUUGAUUUGGAACCUCACUACUGGCAUGGAUUUCUGUCAUCAAGAUUGUUUCUUCCAGAGCUUGUGUUCUUUGGGCUUGCUUUGUUCUCCCAUGCUUCAAAUACUUCUAGGUUAGAAAUCAUGGCAAAAGGUACUCUCCCUCUUGUGAAUAUGAUUAAUAACUUGGCACGGGAUAGAAAAUAGUUAGCAGUCAAUUCAGUGUAAUUGCAAUGUUGUAUCUGUAAUAUGAAUGAAUAUCUUUGCCAUUUCAUGUUAAAUUGUUCCUCCAACUGCUUCUGUGGA